AUGGACGAUUCUUCGGACGGCUCCACUUCUACAGCGCGGGAACGAGAGGUGCUGGUGGCCGGAAACCAAAACGUGCUUAACGAGUCAACGCCGCUAUUGCAGGGCCAGAACAAGAAUGUGAUCCCAGCCGAGCGACCUGAGACGGGAGGCAACGACGAUGAGCAGACGGUCAUUGUCGAGGAGGUUGUAGGAGCUAAGCUGUGGCUCAUCUUGUUUACUGGCUGGGUGGGAGUCUUUCUCGGCGCCAUCGAUGCCUCCAUCAUCGCAACCCUCUCGGCCCCGAUAUCCAGCGAGUUCAAGUCUUUGAGUCUCGUAUCAUGGCUGGCGACUGCCUACCUGAUAGCAAACGCUGCGUGCCAGCCGAUAUCCGGGCGACUGACCGACAUAUUCGGUCGAGGGCCGGGUCUCGUUUUCAGCAACAUAUUCUUCGCUGCCGGUAAUCUUAUCUGCGGCCUCGCUCAGAGCGAGAGAGUCAUGAUAUUCGGGAGGGUGAUCGCGGGUAUCGGCGGCGGCGGCCUCAUGAGCAUCACGACAUUUCUAGGUACGGACUUGGUGCCGCUGCGCAAACGAGGCAUUAUUCAGGGCAUUGGAAACAUCUGCUACGGCUCCGGAGCCAUGCUGGGCGGUGUUUUUGGAGGACUGAUAAACGAUUACACCAGCCACGGAUGGCGGCUCGCGUUUCUGAUCCAGGUCCCUCCGGUUCUCGUCUCUGCGUGUCUCGUCGCCUAUCUGGUCAGGAUCCCGCCCAAGAUCUCGCAGAAGUCCUAUCUCGCACGCAUCGAUUUUGUGGGCGCCUUCUUGAUCAUCGUCUUCCUCGUAUUUCUACUAUUGGGUUUGAAUGCUGGCGGGAACUUGGUUCCCUGGGUUCAUCCCCUCCCGCUUACGACGAUUCCGUUAUCUAUCGUUGCGUUGGUUGGAUUCGUCCUGUGGGAAGCUAGAGCGGCGCAGCCCGUCAUUCCUGUGCGACUCCUUACGCACCGGACUGUCUUCACAUCAUGCUUUACUAACCUCUUUUGUACCAUGGCCAACAUGAUGACCCUCUUCUACGUUCCCAUCUAUCUCCAGGUCCGCGGAGGCACCGCCACACAAGCCGGCCUCGUUAUCCUCUUCGCCCCGAUCGGCGUGUCUAUCUGCUCCAUCGGGAGCGGCUACCUGAUGAAGAAGACAGGCCGCUACGUCGGUCUCGGCAUACUCGCCCUGCUGCUCCAGCUCGCAUCCGUAAUCAUUCUCACGACGCUGGACGAGACGAGCCCGCCAUGGAAACUGAGGCUCUCCUUCUUCUUGCUCGGUGCCGGCUACGGCUCCAUGCUCACCAUUACGCUGAUCGCUUGCCUCUCGGCCGUCGACCACUCGCAACAGGCGCCGAUCACCUCGGCUACAUACGCAUUCCGGUCUGUAGGCGGGACGGUUGGGAUAACCAUCGCAUCCGCUGUGUACCAGAACGUGCUUAAGACGGAGCUGUGGGAGCGAUUUGGCGAUUUGCCCGGGGCGGCGGAGGAGAUUGGCAGGAUUAGGGAUGAUUUGGAUGAGCUGAAGCACUUGCCGGUGGGGUGGGACGUCGCCGAGGUCAUUGCGGCUUUCAUGGAGGCUUUCCGCAGCGUGUGGUUUACUAUGCUGGGUCUUGUGCUUCUGGGGCUGGUUUUUGUCAGUUUGAUGAAGCAGCAUACCCUGCAUUCGAAUUUGGCUAGGAGUGAAAGAAACUGA